GCGCCGCCGCGUGACGUCACCCGGCGCGCCGGGCGGGGGCGUUGCCAUGGAGGCAGCGGACGAGUGGCUGCUGCAGUCGCUGCGCCUGUACCGCGACCUGCACACCUUCGAGCUCCAGGCGCCCACCCGCGUCAUCGAAUGGGCCCGCGGGAGCCGUGUCUGUGUGGCCGGGUACGGACAGUCCGGUGGGAACGAGAUCCUGCAGCUGAUCCCACCGCCGGCGCUGCAGGCGAAGGAGGCGCAGGGCGUGUGUCCAGAGAGAGACUUCAAGGUGGAGUGUGGUGGAUUUUCAAAGCGCCCAGUGUACAGCCUGAAACAUGUGCCAGACACCAGCUUGCUGGUGACAAGUGGCCCCCCCGACAGCUCCCUCCAGGUCUGGCAGGUGUCAGCAGAGGACUCUGAUGUUAUUAAAUCUGUGAGCACCAUAGCCACAGAGAAUGCCACGGGGCAGCCCUGGGCGAAAAUUGCCACCAUUUCAGCCAGAGCCCCCUGGGUCCUUCAUGGCUCAACGCUGGACAGCGUCCAAAUCACAGAGCUGGAGCUGAGGAAAAAUGUCUACACAGCAGGCUCUCCGUGCCGUGAGGAGCUGGCGGGGCUGGCGUUCCUGGACGGCAGCACGGCGCUGCUGUGCUGUGUGCGGGGCCGGCUCUGCGUGGCCGACGUGCGGCAGCCGCGGGGAGCCCUGACGACCCUGCCCGCGCCCGCCGCGCCCGCCGGGGACCGCUGGUGCCUGGGCACCCCCUGUGCCGCCCAGGGCUCGGGGACGGGCGCCCAGCCCGUGGCUCGCCUCUCCAGCAGGGGCCUCCUCACCCUGACGGACCUCAGGAAAGCCUCCGAGCCCUUGGCCUCGGCCACGGCCAGAGUCCCCUCUCCCGGCUCGGGUGCCGAGUUCCUGUGCGUGUCCUGGGCUCCCGCUCUGCAAGGCUGCCUCGCCGUUUCAGGUUUUGAUGGGACUGUGCACGUGUACGACACGCAGAGCUGGGACGGCUCUGGCAGGGAAGCAGAGCCCAUCUUUGUUCACCAAGGCCACGUGCUGGGCGGCAGUGGGGACCCUGCCCUGGUCACUGUGCACACGUGGCACCCGCAGAAGCCCCGCACUGUGCUGUCUGCAGCCAGCGACGGUUCCCUGCACGUCUGGGACUGGGUUCAGCCCUGAGGGAAGUGUGGGCAGACGGUGCUGUGGUGAGGUGGGGCGUGUUUCCUGCCUCUGCUCUAGCUGUGUGGGCUGUGGGGUGUCUGUCUGCCUGCAGAUACCGUUUGGAGACUGUUGUAGUGAGCAGAAACAACUGUAAAGGUUCUAUUUUACUAAUAGUAAAAAUUUUGGUUGUGCUA